UAGGCUCUGCCCGGUUCAAGACUAGCUGAUUCCGAAAUAAGGACUGGCUCCGGCGGACAGCAGGCAGAGCUGGGGGUGCCCGGUCCCUCGCCCUGCGUGGAAGCAUCCCCCGCUCGGCAUCAUCCUCCCUCUAGUCCCGACUCCGGGUAAUCCCGCGCUACCUCCAGCCGAGAGCUGCCCACUAACUUGGGCGCCGACUCCAGCUCUGCCUGCAGGGCUGCGGGUAGGAUGGGGGUUGUGGCGUCCCCCCUCUGCCCCGGGGGCAGCCAGCCCCUUCCUCUUCCUCCUCCCGCCGCUGAGCCCCACGCUGGAGCUUCUCUGGCACAGCCUCUCCGCGAUGAGCUGCCAGGGGCGGAGAGCCCUCCCCGAAGCGCUUGAGCGCGGGCCCAGCUCCGGCACCGCGGACGGCUUCCGGCGAGUCGGGCUCCAGCGCCCCGCACAACUCCCGGCUGCCGACGGGUCAAGCUCUGUUGCCGCGGACGGCUCCCGACGAGCCCCAGCACUGCGGACGCCUCCCGGCUCGCCGAACGCCAGCGCCCCGGGCAGCUACCGGGAGCCGAGUUCCAGCACCGCGGACAGCUCCUGGGUACCGGCGGGCCGGGGUGGGGCUUGCUGCUGGGCUCUGCUCGCCGAGGGCCGUCGGCGGCCGGCCGCGAACCUGCUGCAUGCCUCGGCGCGGCCGUGCGCUGCGCGGUGCCGGCCGCCCUGCGCUGUAGCAGCAUCCCUCCGCUCCGCCGCGAAGGACGCCGAGAGACCCCCCCCCACACGCCACCAGCCGCCGCUCUCGUGGUACCGGGAGAGAGCUUCUUUCUGGGCUCAGAGGCUAUCUUCAGUGGAUCGGGAUUUACGAGCUUGGACGGUGCCUGGUUACUCUGGUGUCUGCAGACCCUGAGGUGUGCUGCUACAGAGUUGGAAAGGAACCUCACGUCUGUCGUACUGUGGAGGAGUAAAAUAAACCCUAUACAAUCAUCAAACUCAGCCCAAGCCUUCCUGCUUCCCUGCAACCAACUUUACCACCCCCCUAACCACAAGAAUUCCCUCCUUUCCUCCUCCCUCCAUGCUCCUUCUUUCGGGGACUGUAGGAUGAGGCGUCUCCUUCUACCCAGCUCAGGGUAAAGGCUUAUCCCGAAGGCAGCAGCACAUAUCUGGCAGGGACUGAAAUUAUUCCAGCCUCUACUGCAAUCAGCCAUGGCAAAUGAACCGGUAAUUCUGAAUGUUUAUGACAUGUACUGGAUAAAUGAAUACACCUCCACCUUGGGGAUUGGUGUCUUCCACUCUGGCAUCGAGAUCUACGGCAGAGAGUUUGCCUAUGGAGGGCAUCCCUACCCUUUCAGUGGGAUUUUCGAGAUCACACCUGGCAGUGCAGUAGAACUUGGCGAGACCUUUAAAUUCAAAGAAUCCAUUGCCUUGGGCACCACAGACUUCACAGAGGAGGAUGUGGAUAAGAUUAUGGAAGAGCUGGGGAAGGAGUACAAAGGAAAUGCGUACCACCUGAUGCACAAGAACUGCAAUCACUUCUCUGCUGCUCUGGCUGAGAUACUGUGUGGGAAAGAGAUCCCACGCUGGGUGAACCGCCUGGCCUACUUCAGCUCGUGCAUCCCCUUCCUCCAGAGCUGCCUUCCCAAGGAGUGGCUGACCCCAGCAGCCCUGCAAAGCCACAUCAGCCUGGGCCUCCACAAGGAAGAGCAGGGGGACACAACGGAUGACGAGUCCCCCUCUACGUCGGCAACCCCCUCAGCCUCAGGCUCAUCUCGAACCUGUAGACAUACCCGGGUCUAAACUGUGCCCAGUAUGCCCUCAAAUAACAUACCCCUCUCUCUUGUACUAUUUCUUUUUCACACCCCUUCACACACCAUGGUUUGUCUCUUCUUCAAAAGACAACUCAGCGGAGGGAAGAGCCAUUUUACUGAGGAGGUGAAGCUUCAACCUCUUUCCAUGAGCUGCCACUACAGUUGCUUGGCAAAAUGACUGAAUCCCAACACUGAACUGAGGAGUGUGGCAACUAAACUGGAUUCUCCUCCCAGGGCCCCCAUGCCCCUCAAUCCACAGAGAACUGCUAGCUCUCUCAGGCAUGAGGGCAUGUGUUUGGGCAGGGGGGUAACAUACUGUGAUGUUCCUUCUCUGGAACUGUUUUAUCUUUUUAUCUAUCCCCCCACCUAUGUGAGCCCAGCAGCCUCUUCUCUAUUUUGCUGGGUUUGCCAUUUCCCAGUGACAAAUCUCCUGCCCACAUCCAGUGAAGGAAUCAGAGCCAGAACUCAACCUUCUCAUCUCUUAGACCAGCAACAGCCCCAUCCCUUUUGUAAUUACCAGGUUUCUAAUUCAUGUGAAGGACAAAUGAAAGGUGCUGCUGUUCUACAACCACCAGUUUUCAGUAUUCAAAUUUCAGAGCUAGAAUGAUCACCCUGCUCUUGAAAAUAAUAACAAAGAACAUAGAAAAUGAAUGUGUUACUGUGGCUUUUCUUUGGGGUCAAAAAGAGGAUGGGGCUAGUGCUUAGAGGCAGCUAAGUAGAUGCAGAGAUGACUGUUGAUCAUAUUGGUGCUUUUUGAUUUUGUGUUGUGGUAGGGGUUUUUAUGUUUGGUUGGUUGAGGUUUUGUUUGUUUGUUUAUUUUCCUCAUGGAUUCCCUGAGGAAUCCCUCUCCUACCUAAAAUUUGCUGGCUGUCUUUGGGGGAAUGGCCUUCCUGAAUAGAAAGAGGAAGAAAGAGAAUUUACUGGGAAGUUCAGUAUUUCCUUCAGCUUUUCCUCCUGUACCACAGAUCUAAAAGUAACUCUAGAUCCAUCUUUCCCCAGCCUGUUUAAAAAAAUAAGUGGUGAACCCAAAGAAUGUCAAUGUGUUUCCUUAUCCUUGCUUUUUGGAGGUGGAGGGGGCCACAUCUGGAAAUCAUGGAUGACCCUUCCAAUGCAUGGGCCACUGUAACACUUUCCAUUGUGUGCACUACUUCAGUGGCAUGAAAAAUGGGCAUAGUUGGCUCACUGGCCUUUCCAGGCUUGCUCUUGACAAGAAUCUUGUCCUUGGAUGUAUUUAUACUCAUUUUGACAGCUGAUGAGAAAGGACAGGAGAAAAGGACAAGUACACCAACUCUUCCAAUUACCUCACUAGGACUUUAGUCAGAAGACAUAGGAGAGAAUUACAGAGGAAAUCCAGGCCCCCUCUCUCCCUUGCAACUCCUCUUGGCUGCAGAAAGAAGGAUGAAAAAGUAGCAGGCACAGUGUUGUAGAUAGGGUUGCCAUUUUAGAAAUGCUGUUCUCAACAGCUACUACCACCUCAGGACUUCCACUCUCUGCUCAGAAAGAACCACAAACCCUUAAGAUGGGUGGUUGUUUCCUCUUACUGGUUGUAAUAGCAUGCUAGGGCCAAACAGCUGUCUCUUUUGCUCAGGUAUACAGAAGUGUGUGCUUUCAGGGCUGAAGGUCAUGGCUAUAAUGUACAUCAUGUCUGCACAGGCAGUGCUUAAUGGUUUGUUACAUGAGCAUGCUCUUAGGCUUUGGAGAGAUCUGUUGGAUGGAAAUACACUUCAUAGGAUGGCCUCACUCCACUGCCUCCUGAAGUGAUGCAUG